AUGGAAUUUUACGAAAUAUUAUGCGGUAUCGCCACCAUAAUUUUUGCUUUUUAUUAUUUCUUUAAGUCAACUUUUAACUUUUGGAAAUCACGUGGCGUUCCUGGUCCACGACCUAUACCGGGAUUCGGUAAUAUUAGCAAUAUUAUAUUUAUGAAGAUACCCAGUGAUUUUAUAAUACAAGUAUAUAAUGACUACAAAGAUGAUCCAUUGAUUGGGAUAUUCGCCAGAAGAACACCCAUUCUUAUUGUAAAAAAUCUAGAUUUAAUUAAGGACAUUCUUAUCAAAAAUUUCUCCAAUUUCGCUGAUAGAGGACUUUCCUGUCACGAAAAAAUCGAUCCAUUGUCGCAAAAUCUUUUCUUUUUGGAACCAAAGAGAUGGCGAUCGUUAAGAAUGAAACUGUCACCUGUCUUUACAUCCGCUAAACUAAAAGGGAUGUUCUCCUAUAUAUCAGAGUGUGCCGAUCACUUUGUCCAAUAUUUGGAAGAAGUAGCGAGCAUAGGCGAACCGGUAGACUGCCGCGAAUUAACGGCCAAAUAUACGACGGACGUUAUUGGUAACUGCGUCUUCGGUAUCGAGAUGAAUGCAUUGUCAAACAAUGGCAGCAAAUUUCACAGAAUGGGAAAGGAAACGUUCAAUCCGUCUGUGAUGAAUAUGUUACGAUACAGAAUCAGAGAAUCUUUUCCGCAACUUUACAAUAUAUUUGGUUGUAUCUUACCACAAACGAAAAUCAGCAAAUUCUUCUUACGUGUUAUUAUGGAGAAUAUGAAUCACAGAGAAGUGAAUAAUAUUACUAGAAACGAUUUCGUCGACAUAUUGCGUGAAUUAAAAAAGCAUCCAAAUAAAUUGAGCGAUAUUGAUUUGACAGAUAGUUUAAUAGCUUCUCAAGCAUUCGUAUUUUUUGUUGCUGGCUAUGAAACUUCUUCAUCGGCUAUUAGUAACGCACUCUACGAGUUAGCAUUAAAUGAGAAAAUACAAGACAGUUUACGUAAAGAAAUUGAUGAAAUUUAUGCAAAACAUGAUGGAGAUUUGACAUAUGAAAAUAUUAAAAAAAUGAAUUAUUUAGAUAAAGUUUUUAAAGAAACGUUACGAAAAUAUUCGCCACUGACAUGUCUUAUGAGACGAUCAACAUCGAGUUAUACCUUUGAUAGUAUCGGAGUUAGUAUACCAAAAGACCAAAAGAUAUGGAUUCCUAUUUAUGCGAUUCAUAGAGAUCCGAAAUUUUAUCCAAAGCCAGAUGUCUUCGAUCCAGAAAGGUUUAGUGAUAAAGCUGUACAAAGCAGGCAUCCAAUGUCUUAUUUACCUUUCGGUGAUGGACCAAGAAAUUGCAUUGGUACUCAGUUUGCUGUUUAUCAGAGUAAAAUUGGGCUUAUAAAAAUACUACGAAACUAUAAAAUCGAAAUUUGCGAGAAAACUCCAAUAUCUUACAUAAAUGAUCCUAAGGCAUUUUUAUUAGCACCAAAAGACGGAUUGCACUUAAAAAUUAUUAAAAUUGAUAGAAGAAUAAUGGAAAUUUUUGAAAUUCUAUGCGGCAUUGCCAUCGUAAUUUGUGUUCUUUAUCAUUUUUUCACGUCGACCUUUUACUUUUGGAAAUCAUGUGGCAUUCGUGGUCCACGGCCAAUACCGGGAUUUGGCAAUUUAAAAGAUGUUCUGCUCGGAAGAAUAACAUUGGGUAGUUAUUUAAUGAAAUUGUGCAAUGACUACAAAAACGAACCACUAAUUGGAAUAUUCACUGUAAGGACACCCAUUCUUGUCGUAAAAGACCCAGAUUUAAUUAAGGAUAUUUUUAUCAAAGAUUUUCCUACGUUCGCCGACAGAGGAUUCACCACUCACGAGAAGGCCGAGCCGCUGUCGCAACAUCUUUUCAAUUUAGAACCAAAGAGAUGGCGACCCGUAAGGACGAAACUGUCACCAAUUUUUACAUCCCAUAAACUGAAGGAAAUGUUUUCUUUGAUAUCAGAAUGCUCUGACCAUCUUGUAGAGUACGUAGAAAAAUUGGUAAACAAAAACGAGGCUAUAGAGUGUCUUGAAAUAAUGGCGAAAUACACGACCGAUGUUAUCGGUAGCUGCGCUUUCGGUAUCGAGAUGAAUGCUCUAUCAAACGAGAAUAGCGAAUUUCGCAGGAUAGGAAGAGAUAUAUUCCAUCCGUCUUGGUCAGAACUCUUACGAAAAAAAAUCAAAAUUUUUUCUCCGUGGUUAUACGACAUUCUUGGUCACAUCUUGCCGGACACGGAAAUCACCAACUUCUUCAUGCGUCUUGUCAUUGAUAGUAUGAAUUACAGAGAAGAGAACAAUAUCAUCAGACAUGAUUUCAUUGAUAUAUUGCGCGACUUGAAAAAGUAUUCGGAUAAGACGGGUGAUAUUGAUUUUACCGACACUCUGAUAGUUGCUCAAGCAUUCGUGUUUUUUGCUGCUGGUUAUGAAACCUCAUCAACAGCGAUGGCUAAUACGCUUUACGAGUUGGCUCUAAAUCCGAAAAUACAAGAAAGGCUACGUGAAGAAAUUAACGAGGAAUAUACGAAACAUGGUGACAAUUUAACAUAUGACAACAUCAAAAAAAUGAAUUACUUGGAUAAGGUUUUCAAAGAAAUUUUACGAAAACACCCACCUGUACUGUUUCUCAUGAGAAAAUCAAUGUCGAAUUAUACUUUCAAUAGUGUUAAAGCUAACAUACCAAAAGGCCAAAACAUAUGGAUUCCUAUUUUUGCGCUUCAACAUGAUCCGCGUGUUUAUCCUGAGCCAGAUAUCUUCAAUCCAGAAAGAUUUAAUGAAGAGGCUAUGCAGAAUAGGCACUCAAUGUUCUUCCUGUCUUUCGGUAGUGGGCCAAGAAAUUGCAUUGGUGCUCGAUUUGCUAUUUAUCAAGUUAAACUGGGACUUAUAAAAAUGCUACGAAACUAUAAAGUCGAACCAUGCGAGAAAACGGAAAUACCUUACGUCCGCAAUGAGGAAACAUUUAUAUUAUCACCAAAAAAUGGAAUACACUUGAGAAUAAUUAAAAUAAAUCAAGCCACUACUCCAACUACAAUAUAA